GGUUUCCAUCUGAUACAUGUAGAUUGGAACAAAAGUGGUGUUUGAGCAUUGUCGACUGGAUAAUUGGCGAGCUAAUUUUCCUAGAGAUGGUUGUCUACCUAUGGAUUUACUGAAAUAUUCUGUAAAUCUCUUUUUUUGAUCACCUGGAUGCAUAGCCUAAUUCAUGGUAUGUACUAGGUAAAUAUUUGAGUUUCAGAGCUGUGUUACAGUCGUACGUGCAUAUGUUUUACAGUGCUGUUGUAGCAUGUCCAACAAUCUUGUGUCACAGCCAUUAUCAAUACCAAACAAGCAGAUGGAUCCUAUUUCGGACAAUCUAGAGGUAUCGAUUCCAAAUAUGCGAAUGGGAAUGAUGGAUGGCAUGUCUAACAGUCCUGCACCACGGCAGUUUGAAAUAUCAAACAAGAAAAUGGGUUUGGUGGAACCUAUGACCAAUAAUUUUGGUUUACAUAACUCACCAGUGUUGAACAGGCAAACAGGGCAGAUGGAAAUGCAGGUCAGCAAUCUUGGAUUACAACAAUUCUUAAUGCCAAAUCAUCAAAUCGGAGAUAUGGAUGCUAUGUUGAACAACAUAGGUUCACAAAAGAUACUGUUACCGAGUAAGCGAAAGGCUGUGGGAGAACCCAAGUUCGGUAAUUCUGUGGGACAACAUUUGUUGACGCCAAACAGGAACGUGGCACAAAUGGAACCAUUUACCAACCCUGGGUUGCAGCAACUAUCAUCACCAAAUAAAAGAACUACACAGGUGCAUUCCAAGUCUGGUGUUCCAUCUUCACAAAAUUUACCUCCACCAAAUAAGAAAGUGGUACGGAAUGAAUCCAUGUCUGGUAGAUCUGGCACUAAGCAAUUGCUGACUCCAAAGAAUCGUACUACACAAAUGGAACCAUCACCAAAGGGUCAGGCUGAGUCAUGUGAAUCUGUGAGGUCAAAGAUGAGGGAAUCAUUAGCUUCUGCCUUGGCCCUGGUUACUCAGCGGCAAGAUAAAGCUUCAAAUGAAGAAAGUAAUUCUGAGAAACAGGUUUCUCAGCGAGUUGAAUCCACUUCUGCGCCGGCUGAUGCUGCUGACCAUGUAUCUGAAAACCCUACAGACAGUUUACCAUCGAAAGAAUCUCGUUCUGUAGAUAUAGCCAACAAUGUCCAAAGCAUAUCUCAGGGAAGUUUUACUAAUGAAAACAUGGGAGGUUCUGCUCAAACCUGGAAAGGUGAUGGACAAGAAGUCCAAUAUAAUACUGGCUUUCCAAAUGAAGAUGUUUCAUUUAGUGACAGUUUCUUUGUCAAAGAUGAACUUUUGCAGGGAAAUGGGCUCACUUGGGCAUUGGAACUCGAUGUAGACGUUGGAGAAACAAAGGAAAUACAAAUUGCCAAAAAACCUAAGUUGGUAAAUGAGGAUGUGGGGGGUGGGGAAGAAAGAGAUCAAGCAUUUCAAUCUCCUCAAAGUUUGGCUUUUAAAAUUGAAGUAGAACUCUUCAAAUUGUUUGGAGGGGUCAAUAAGAAGUACAAAGAGAAGGGAAGAUCUCUUAUGUUUAAUUUAAAAGAUCGUAGUAAUCCUGAACUACGAGAAAGAGUAAUGUCUGGUGAAAUCCCCCCUGAUCGUUUGUGUUCAAUGACAGCUGAGGAACUUGCUUCAAAGGAGCUUUCUGAGUGGCGAAUUGCAAAAGCAGAAGAGCUCGCUCAAAUGGUAGUUUUGCCUGAUUCAGAUGUUGACAUGAGACGUUUGGUGAGGAAAACACACAAGGGUGAGUUUCAAGUAGAAUUCGAACAAGAUGAUGGUGUUUCAGUUGAGGUUUCUGUUGGAGCAAGUUCGCUUCUCAGAGUUCAAUCAAAAGACGAGGAUACUGAAGCUCAUCCCUCUGCCAAAGCUGAUGACAUCAAAGAUAAAGAGAAUGUUGUAGGUGAGAAGAGUAGCUCAGAAAACCAGGAUCUUUCGUGUAGCCUUACGAUUCCAAAUGAUGGGACUGAUUUAAUGCAAAAUCUAAUGGUGGAUGAAUUGAAGGAUGCAGAAUUCCUUCCUCCUAUUGUGUCCCUUGAUGAGUUUAUGGAAUCUCUUGAUUCUGAACCUCCAUUUGAAAAUUUACCCAUGGUUGGUGGGAAGACGAUAUCACCCUCUGUCAAGGAAACCACAGAGGGUGGCUUUGAAGUGACACCCUCUGGUCUAGCUUCCAAAGUACCUGUGGACGCAACCUCAGAAAAGUCUGAUAAAGUGGAUGUGAAAUACAAAGAUUCUGAUGUGAAGACAAAAUCCAAGGAGAAUCCUAUAGCACCAAAACCAUCUCCUGGUGCUGCGUCCAAGGGUGACCGUGUAUGGGAAGGCAUACUUCAGCUGAAUGUGUCAGCUGUGGUAACAGUAGUAGGCUUUUUUAAAAGUGGUGAAAAAACAUCGACAAAAGAGUGGCCCAACUCUCUUGAGAUCAAGGGGCGAGUCAGAUUAGAUGCGUUUGAAAAAUUCCUUCAAGAGCUUCCCAUGUCUCGUAGCCGUGCAGUCAUGGUUGUCCAUUUUGUUUUGAAGGAGGGAUCCUCGGAAAAUGACCAUGCAAGUCUUGACGAGGUGGUUCAUUCGUACGUUUCUGAUGAGAGGUUGGGGUUUGCAGCACCAGCCACUGGAGUGGAACUUUAUAUCUGCCCUCCAAGAAUAGUUGAAAUACUGAGCAAACACCUAUCCAAAGACCAUACUGAGAUUCUUAAUUCAAUAGACAAUGGGCUAAUUGGUAUCGUUGUAUGGAGAAGACCUCAUUUCAGUUCUUCUGUAAUAUCACCCAACUCAUCAUCGUCCUCACACCACAAACACAACUCCAAAAAACAACACUCCAAUAUCACAUCUAGGAAGCAUCAAGAAAAAGAUACCUAUAUGAAUCUGAAUUUUGUAUCUAAACCGACUCAUCCCAUGGGCCCAACUGGACCUCAUCAUCCUCCGAUAAAUCAUGAUGAUGAUGAUGAUGAUGAUAUUCCGCCUGGGUUUGGUCCCGCCACUUCCCGGGAUGAAGAUGACUUGCCCGAAUUUAAUUUCUCAAAACCGUCUGUACCUUCUAACCAAACUCGAUCUGGGGUGUCGGGAACAAACCCUUCUCAUCCGAGUUCUCAUGCUCCGCCCUUACCUGUAGACCAAAUGAGAGAGCUUAUUCAGAAAUACGGGCAAACUGGGAAUAGUGCCGGUUUGAGGACUGUUAGGAAGGGGAUUCAACCAUGGAAUGAUGACGAUGAUGAUGAUAUUCCAGAGUGGCAGCCUCAGGCACCACCACCCCAACAGCAGCCCCACCACCAACCACCCAUGCAUAACUUUCAGCAGCCAAUGCUGCCACAUCAUCAAGUGAAUAAACACCCAGGACUUGCAUUGCCUCAACAGCCCCCACGGCUGGAAAUUGCACCACCCAGUGGUGCUAUGCCUUUGCAACCAUCGGGUAAUAUGGUUCAGGGCUUGCAUAAUGUAGCCCCACCUUGGCCACCCGGAGCUAGGUGGGUGCAGCCUCCUGGCCACUAUGGUGUGCCGCCUGGGCUGCGGCCUGGGCAGGCUGGUAUGGAGUGGAGACAGGAGGGUGCCCCACGGAGUAGGGGUUUUUGAUUUGGUCCCUAUCAUGUAUAAAGUUUUUCUUUUUUUAGUUUUUUUUGUAAAAACUUUGGUAAGAUAUGUGCAGUAAUGUAACCAUAAAAAUGUUCUAAGCAUGUAUCUCUUUUUUUUUAAGUUGUUGAAGCAAAUCUCGUAGAUGAACAUGGUACCUUUUAAUUCGUCUCUGCAA